AUAUUCUGUAAUAUUUAUUUUAAAGUUUAACAUGGCUUUAGGCUUAGGAAUUUGCGCAGAUGUGAAAUAUUAAUUUAUUAUUUGUUCUUAAAGUUAGUUUAACUUUUGCAACAAAAAGUUGAUUUAUCAUAUAUGGAUUUGUCAGCUUUCUCAAAUGACAAUUUUGAUGCUAAAGAGUGGAUCAAUGCCACUUUUCGUUCACCUGAAGCCCAGAAAAAUAAAGAGCAAUAUGCCACUAACUUAGUACUGAAGCUACAACUGAUGAUUCAGAAAGUUAAUAGUGCCUUGGAAGACACAGCUCAGCAAGUUCUUCAAAACCUCCCUAGGGUUCUAAGAGAAGUGGAAACAAUGAGACAAGAAGCAGGACUACUCCAAGAGCAGAUGAAAACAGUAAAGGAGGAUUUUAUAAAAGUGGAAAGAGAUUCGACCACAUCCAUGAAGAAUCUACUGAAGAUUGAUACUGUCAAAUCUAGAAUGCAGGAAGCAAACAAAGCCUUAAGAGAAGCUGACAAUUGGACAACUUUGUCAUCUGAUGUAGAACAGGUUUUUGAGUCUGGAGCCAUCAGUACUAUUGCUGGCAAGUUAAUAGGAAUGCAAAACAGUCUGGAAAUUUUGGUGGAUGUUCCUGAUUACAAAGAACGACGUCAGCAACUAGAAGAGCUGAAGAACAGACUAGAGGCACUGUUGAGUCCACAGUUAGUAGCAGCAUUUAAUAUCCAAUCAGUAGAGGCUGCCCAGUCAUAUGUGAAGAUUUUUCGGGAUAUAAAGAGACUGCCUGAAUUGCAGAAGUGCUACCAUAAAUGUCAGAAGGAAGCAGAGGAUCUGAUGGAUUUAGUACAAUUACUUGGAGAAUCCACCAACAAGAUACUGAUACUUGCUGAAGAAGCAGAAAACCGAUGUCAGCUUUUAACACGUGGCUGUUCUUAUCCUGACUUAAUCGAAGCAUUAAAGGAUUUCUUUGCUGGCUAUACAAACAAAGUGAGUAAGAUGUUAGAACAAUUGAAACUGGCUAACACUCAACGAGACAGAAGCAAGUACCUAACAGACUCGUGGAUGUUGUUUCAGCACACGUUACAUUCUUUACAGUUUAUAGGUGAAUUCUUCUUGCAGCUUGAAACUUUUGAGCAGGCGUUAUUCAGCCAUGUAAGAGAAACCAUUAAAAAGUUAGGGUAUUCAUUGACAUUGCAAGAAGAGGAAGAAGAAAGAAAAUGUUCGAAUCCUUUUCAUUCCUAUGUGGAUUUGUUUCUAACAUCACCAAUGAAGAAUGAGUUGCAAGAACUUGUGACAACCAUACAAUCACGUAAGGCUUUUCGUGAAACUAUAUGGAGGUUAGAAAAUCCAGGGGGAACUGUAACUCUGGACUUGCCAGUGUUUAGUCUUUCUCCACAGGAGUACAUCACCCAGAUUGGACAGUAUUUGAUGACUUUACCUCAACAUAUUGAGCCCUUUGCUUUAGAAGAAAAUCCAGCUCUUCAUACUGCUUUAAAACAUGGAAAACUACCGUACACUUCUGAACAUGAUACUGUAGAACACGUGGCUGAUUAUCUAGUUGGUUGUUUGGCAAGGGGAACUAUGGAAAUGUACGUGGAGAAAAUACUAGAAGUGUCUUAUCUCACUCCACAUGCUAUUCAGCAACUUAUUAUUGAUAUUGAGUACCUGACUGCUGUGGUUGAGGACUUAGGCCUUUCUCCAUCUGAGAAUCUACAAGAUGUUAAAACCCUUCUAAAAGCUGAUGCUUCAGGUUUCACUGCUGCUGCUCAAGGAAAGCAAGCUCAUCUAGUCAGUUGCAUCAGAAGUAUGAGGGGUAUUGAGUGAUAAAUUGUCUCAUCGGAGUCAAUUAUAUAAAUAAAUGUUUGUUGGAAAAGCACACCAUGUAAUGCAUGCAGCUGACAUUUGUAGGUGAUGGGCACAUGGAGUUAUUAUCACCUCUUAGAUAGUAGUUAUUUUCCAAAGCCAUUGAAUUGUGUUGGAAAUUUCUAUCUUGUAUCUCCGGCUGGGCUUUAAAAAGAAUCUGUCAGAAAUGCUGUAAAAACUGGGACAGGUUAUUGAUAGAAAUGUUCGUUAUAUCAAAGUUUAUUUUGUGUGUAUUUUUUAAGAAAUUAACAUUAUAUAUAGAAUUUAUCUUGAUUCAGAGUUUCCCAUCUGUGUUUACAUCUUUUGUUUGAUGUUAUAAUUAAUCCUAAAUUGAUAAUUCUUUAAAACAAGAAUAUCAUGGUUGCUGACAAAUAACUAAACCUUUUAAAUGGUGGUGAGAUUUUUGUACGAAUAAAGAAAAUGUUAAAAAGAGGCAGUCAUUAGUGAAUCUUGUAAAUGAAAUAAUUUGUUAGCAUGUCAGAAAUUUGCAAACAUUCUGACUAGUUGUUACUGGGUUUUACUGGUUCACUCUAAGAAUGUGUAUGUGUGGAUAUGUUAUUUCCAUUUUAGCAAUUGUAGAUGUGAAUAAUAAAGAAAGACUGUCAGGAA